AUGAAUGCCUCGGAGUACAUUAACACGACAACAAUCAGGCUAAGUUAUGGGACUUCCUUAUCUGGGUCAACCAUUACCACAGGACACGGAAAUUCGACAACGUUGUAUAACCAUGAUGGGACUGAAUGUCCUCAAAUUGAAAAUGUGGACUGGCUGAGUCCUUCUUCCUUGGCAAGUCUCACGGUUUUGCUGACCAUUGAUUUGCUGGUGAUCCUGGGAAAUUGUCUGGUGAUAGCAGCCGUGUUCUGCUCCAGCAAACUGCGCAGUGUGACCAACUUGUUCAUAGUGUCACUUGCAGUCGCCGAUUUGAUGGUCGGCAUCGCGGUUUUGCCUUUUAGCGCAACUUGGGAAGUCUUCAAGGUUUGGAUAUUCGGAAGCAGCUGGUGCCGAGCCUGGUUAGCCCUGGACGUGUGGAUGUGCACAGCUUCGAUAUUAAAUCUGUGCGCAAUAUCCUUGGAUAGAUAUGUCGCUGUCACCAGGCCAGUUGCUUAUCCGAGCAUCAUGUCUACGAAAAGGGCUAAGGGACUCAUAGCCGGGCUUUGGGUUCUUAGUUUUGUGAUAUGUUUUCCACCUUUAGUCGGAUGGAAGGAUAAAAAGGAAUCCGAGGAUCUGAUAGACAUAUCUUCAUGUCCGUGGACGUGCGAGUUGACGAAUGAUGCAGGAUAUGUGGUGUAUUCUGCUCUAGGAUCAUUCUACAUUCCUAUGUUUGUCAUGUUAUUUUUCUACUGGAGGAUAUAUAGAGCAGCUGUCAGGACAACCAGAGCUAUCAACCAAGGAUUCAGGACCACAAAAGGUUCGCGUGGUAUAGGACGAUUUGACGAACAACGCCUAACUUUAAGGAUUCAUAGAGGACGGGGUGGUUCUGAAAAUAGAAGAUGUCAUCAUCAUUCUUCCAUUAAAAGCAAUGCUUCAGGGAGAAUGUCUACAUCUACUUCUAUGAGGAAUUGUUCUCCACAACAUAGUUCACCACGUAGUGCAAGUACCAGCUUAGGAAGUACUCACGAAUCACCUGAAAAAUCAUCUAUAUCAAGGACCAACACCUGGGUUUUGCAUCAUGCGACCAAUAAUUCCAAUUCUGGAGCUUGUAACCAAGUAGUUAUCGCCAAUAAUACAAGUCAAAGUGCACCAAACAAUCAGUUAAAUAGUAGUGCCCAGCCUGAAGUCACUGUAACAAAAAGUAGUCGAAGAUCUUCGAAAUCAUAUAAGAGCUUUAAGAAGGAAAGAGUUCAAAUUUCGGUGCAGUAUCCAAGUGCAGAAAGACUUGAUGAAUUGGAAGGUGAAUUAGAAGGUGAUGCUACAAACAACAUGUACACCGUACACUACUCUGUGUCCAAUGGUAACAGCUUGUCAAAUCAUUCGUUGAUGCCAGAGCAGCAAAUAGUCUAUUCUUCGAGCCAACAACAGCCCAUUAAGCAACAACAACAAUUAACGGUGAAUCAGCAAUUAAAUUCGGGUUCCAUCUAUCGGCCACAGGAUAAUCAUCAUCUCCGAGUUACGUCGCAAAGAUUGGCACCGUCGCCUACACUGUCGAAGGGAAUGCAUAGGCGAUCCAGCAGCUGCGAUAGUAGAGAUUUGGCUGGGUUUCAAUUAUGCGAAAGUUCAAGUCCAAGUCCAACAAGAAGGAUAAUGUCUGGAAGUCUUUAUCGUGAUGAUAGCGAGUUAGGUUCGACUUCCAAACUGCAGCAGCAAAAUAGAAAAAUGGGCAAACGUAAUAUAAAAGCUCAGGUGAAACGAUUUCGAAUGGAGACGAAAGCUGCCAAAACUCUUGCAAUAAUUGUCGGUGGUUUUAUUGUAUGCUGGUUUCCCUUUUUCACAAUGUACGUAAUAAGAGCAUUUUGUCCAGACUGCAUUCAUCCUGUUCUCUUCUCGGUUCUAUUCUGGCUCGGCUACUGCAAUUCUGCCAUCAAUCCGCUGAUUUAUGCACUUUUUAGCAAAGAUUUUAGAUACGCCUUCAAGCGCAUCAUUUGCAGAUACUGCUUUUGUUGCGGUAAUCGUACCGAGGCCCAGCACAGCGGUGGAGCUGGUGGUUCUAGAAGAGGGUCCGAUGGAUCUCAAAUGAAAACUAAUUUUAGGUUUAAUACCAGUUUUAAUACCAAAAACUGCGUUCGUCAAGAUAGUGAUAAUGAUGUCACAAGAUGACCCGCAGCUAAUGUGGGAUUGCAGAGUCGAGUUUGAAAAAAGUCUAGUCUCAAAAUCUGUGCAAUCUUGUGAAUUAAAAGGAGUGAAUAAAGACAAUCGUAGAGUGCCGUAAAAAUAUUUUCAUAUAAUGAAAAUAAAUCGUGAAUAUAUCAAAAAUAAAUUG